GUGAAAGAGUGUUCGCGGAAUUUGUGGCCGGCCAUACGAAUUAACGAAUUAAUCGGAAAAUCAACAUAUAAAUAUCGAACCCUACACCGUUUGAUGCGUGUGCGUGUGUGUGCGUGAAUGCCGAUCUGUUUCCUGUUUUAUUCUGUGUCGAAAUUCCGUGCCAGCCGUGCGUGUUUGGGGCGAGCGAGUGUGGAAAGUGUAGAAGAAAAGCUAGAGCAGCGAGCGCGUGUUUGUUGCUAGCAGGGUUGGAAGUUUAACGCACAAUCGUUCGGUGCUACUGUACUUGAAAGUGAAAAUGUCGCAGAGAACAAAGCGUUCCGGUGCCUCGACGCCGGUCCCGGUGACGGCUAGCACCCCGGUACAGCAGAGCGGAAGCGCUGCGAUGGGUGCGUCAGGGACGCAGCAUCACAGCGGCUCCCGUCCGUCGAGCCCGCUCAGCCCUACGCGCCAUUCCCGCCUGCAGGAAAAGGCCACCCUGCAAUACCUCAAUGACCGGCUGGCCGCAUACAUGGACCGGAUGCGUAUGCUGGAGCAGGAAAACUCGCGCCUCACUAUGGAGGUGCGCACUUCGCAGGACACAUCCACCCGCGAAGUUUCCAACAUCAAAUCGAUGUACGAACACGAAUUGUCCGACGCUCGCAAGCUGUUGGACGAAACGUCACGCGAGAAGGCCAGGAUGGAGAUCGACGGAAAGCGAAUUCUCGAAGAAAAUGAGGAACUGAAAAAGCGCUUGGACCGAAAAAUGAAGGAAGCCGCUGAAGCCGAACGUAACUUACGUGCACAGGAAGCGCGCGCAAACGAAUUGGCCAAUAAAUACCACACGCUCGUCACGGACCAUAAGAAGGCAAAGGAUGACCAGAAGGAGUUGGAAAAGGAGCUGGCCAAGCUUAAAAAGCAGCUCGAAGCACUGCGCAAGAAUCUUGAGGAUGAAACCCUGACACGGGUCGAGCUGGAGAAUACCGUCCAAACACUGCGCGAGGAGCUGACCUUCAAGGACCAGGUCCACUUGCAGGAAAUAUCCGAGACGAAGACCCGUCGUCAGGUGGAGAUUAGCGAAAUUGAUGGCGUGCUGUCGGAGCAGUACGAGGCGAAGCUGCAACAAGCGCUGCAGGAUCUGCGCAGUCAAUACGACGAUCAGCUACGCAUGAACCGUGAGGAAAUUUCCGAUCUUUACGAGGCUCGCCUGCGCGAUUUAGAGCAACAGAUGAACCACGAACGGUUGCGCCACGCCGACGAAAAGGCCAAGAUGAUGGAGGAGGUAGAGCGCCUCCGGAAGGAAAUGUCCAUGCAGCUCCAGGAGUAUCAAGAUCUUAUGGACAUUAAGGUCUCGCUGGACAUGGAGCUUGCUGCAUACGAUAAACUGCUCAGCUCGGAGGAGGACCGUCUUAAGAUCACGCCGGGCAAUGCAUCCUUCUUCUCGCAAUCCGGUCUGUCGAGCAGCAUGUCCCGUACCGGUAUGCUUCGCCGCACACCUAAUCGUGCUGCCGCAAAGCGCAAGCGUACGGUGUUGGAAGAAUCCGAUGAACGCAGUGUGUCGGACUUCUCCGUCACGUCGUCCGCCAAAGGUGACAUGGAGAUUGUCGAGGUUGAUCCGGAGGGAAAAUACGUAAAACUACGUAAUAAAUCCUCCAAGGAAGUACAAGUCGGUGGAUGGUCCCUCGUUCGGAAGGUGGGCAGUAAUGAGACCGUCUUUAAGUUCCAUCGUUCACUCAAGGUAGACGGUGGCGCUUUUGUGACCGUUUGGUCGUCCGAUUUGGGCAAGGAUCACGAACCACCGUCGACGAUUGUAAUGAAGGGUCAGAAAUGGUUUGCCGGAGACAACAUGACGACCCAUCUGAUGAACGGUGAUGGAGAGGAGGUUGCUGCUUCUGAGCGUGUAAAGCGGAUGAUUUCGACUUCUGCCUCGCGUCACCGCGAAUAUCUCGGUGGUUAUGGAGAAGAGCUCCACCAUCAGCAGGGUGAACCCAGAGGCGAUGAAAAAUGUCGGAUCAUGUAAUUUGUUUGUAAGCGAUUAAUUUAAAUGUCGCCACCGGCGACGUCGAUUUGGAGAUGGCAAAAUAUUAAUAAUUAUUGACACACACAACAAAUUUAUAUAGAUAGGUAUUCGUUUUGUUUACGUCCUACAAAUCGAACGCAGGAAUGUCCGCAGCACACAAUCCACCACACGUUGGGUAAGGGAUGAAGAAAUUAUUACUUAUCACGCUCGUUUAAUGUUUUUCUUUUACUUUUAAUUCUUUGAAUCGAAAUUUUCUACAAAACUCAAAAACAUACACAGACACAUUCACGUACCCUGUAUGCAAAGUGCGUGUUGCGAGAUGUUUUACUAUAACGUUUAGUAAACAUCCGCUGGACACAGACUCAUGCAUGAAACACUGCGUGUGCUACGGGAUAUUAUAUGUAAAAUAUUACCAAACAUAGAACUACGUAUCGUGCGUGUGCAAAUUAUAUCAUGUCAUCUUUUUUUUUAAUUAUUUCAAUAUUUGAAUAUAACAAAAAAUAUGAAUUAUUAACUUUCGCGUUAAUGAAGUAAUGUUGUGGUUGGCAACGAUCAAACAAAACAAACAGUGGAAAAAAUGUCGAGCAAAAAAUACAAAAAAAAACUGAAAAGCAAAGCACACACAGUAAAUGAGAGGCCUUUUGUUGCGAAAAUCUUAAUAACAAAAAACAAA